CGUGCCUUUACACAGCCGCAGUGCUGACCGGGCCCCUAAAGAUAUAGGACCCAUCAGGUGGCCCUAAAUGCUUGGGCCACCCGAUGGGCCCUAUCAGCGUGCGGGCCCCGGUGCAAGUGCACUGGUGGCACUUCCGCCGCUACACAUGGGGCGGUAAAUCUGUAUAGAUAAAUCCUUAUGAAUCUGUAUGUAGCCUCCAAGUGCACCUGUUUUCACUUAAUUAUUGCAUCUUGGAGAUUUUAUUUAUCUUUUAAGACUAUCUUAUCAGUCAUUUAUGAUCUCUAUGUCCCCCAGUACCCGGCUGCUUUGGAAACCAAUUGGAAGCAAAAGUAGACAAAGAAGAUGUUGUAAACUGGAUGUGCUACCGAAAAACCGAUGAUUACUUCACACUAUGGCUCAAUCUGAAUAUGUUCCUGCCUCUAGGAAUAGACUGCUGGGUAGAUAACAUCAGGUAUUUUAUAGUAUACAGUAUUUCUGAGAAACACCAACACAUUCUACAUCCAAGCAAAAAGAAAGAGUAUGAGAUGUACUCCGAGAACGAACAAAAGUUUAGAGAGACUCAAUAGCUUGCCCUUGCUCAUGGUGCCCAGAGAGAUGUUACCUCACUGAAGAUGCCUAACAAGGUUGAAACGAUCAUAUGAGAGAGAACAGGCCUGCAUUUUUGGAUCUGUCCUGGCCUUUUGGUUGGGAUCAGUCUGAUAUGCAAAUGGCCUGUUUUUUUUUUGUAAUGGCACAAGAUGAGCUAAAACCAGCUUAAGAUCUGAGUGGGGACCCACCGAAGGGCAGGCUAAUUGAGCUGUUGUCUGUUCUCAGUACUCUCUUGCAACUUCUUUUCACAUUCUACAUCACACACACUCCACACCAUCCACUACACACAUUCUACAUCCACAACACACUCUGUAUCCACUACACACAUACUUUGCAUCCACUACACACGCACUGCAUUCUCUACACACACUCUGUAUCCACUAUACACACUCUGUAUCCACUACACACACUCUGCAUUCACUACACACACUCUGUAUUCACUACACACAAACGCAUUCUGCAUCCACUACAUACACUGUGCAGCCACUACACACACUCUAAAUCCACUACAUACACUCUGGAUCCACUACACACAUACUUUGCAUCCACUACACAAACUCUGCAUUCACUACAUACACUCUGCAUCCACUAUACACAUACUUUGCAUCCACUACAAACACACUCUGCAUUCACUACACACACUAUUUAUCCACUACACACAUACUCUGCAUCCACUACACAGUAUUCACACUCUAUAUCCACUACACACAUUCUACUCUUAUCAGCUGCUCCCCCCUCUCCUCAUCUAUCUACCACCUCUCCUCAUCUAUCUACAACACACUCUGUAUCCACUACACACAAACACAUUCUGCAUCCACUACAUACACUCUGCAGCCACUACACACUCUGCAUCAACUGCACACACUCUAAAUCCACUACACACAUACUCUACAUCCACUACACACACUCUGCAUCUACUACACACAAACUCUACAUCCACUACACAAACUCUGCAUUCACUACACACAUUCUCCAUCCACUACACACACUCUGCAUCUACUACACACAAACUCUGCAUUCACUACACACAGACACUGAUACAUGAGAGUGUGGGGGACAGCCGAUACAUGAGGAGAGCGUGGAGGUGGUAGAUAGAUGAGGAGAGGUGGGCAGCAGCUGAUAAACGAGGAGAAUGUGGGGGGCCACCAAUACACGAUGAGAGUGUGAUGCUGCUAACUUAUAUACCCAUGGGUAGACUACAGGACAGCUUGUAUACGUCAAAUAUACACGAGUAGACUGUGGGAUGGAUUACCUACUAGCAGAUCAUUUAUGGUCCCAUGAUGUGUUUUUGUCUACUGUGCAGAGUUGUUUACAACAAAACCACAAGGAUAGCUUCAAAUGCUCCAGGAGUAGACAUUCAUGUUCCGGGCUUUGGGCAGACGCAUUCUGUGGAAUACCUAGACAAGGGCAAGUUAGCUGGUAAGUAUACUGGGAGUAACCCAUUAUAUAGACAGUUCAUUAAAGUGAAACAAUAUGGAAAACUCAACCCCCAUUUUAACAAAGCUUUCAAGUUACUACAAAAACUUAGAUGGGAGUGAAUGGAAAAUCAAAUUUCAACAUCUAGAAUAAAAAUCGCAAAGCAGUGACUGUUGUUGUGAAUGUUUUUGAAUCAGCUCUUUUUGCCUAAAUUGUGCAAUGAUUUGUCCAUCAAUGCAAACCUCUGUUUAGUGAAUAUUACUCAUAGGAAUCAUAUGAUGAAAAGAGUGCUCUCUGUUAAUAAUGAGUUUUUAGCCAGUCCUGUGCAUGUAGUACAUUUGGAUCACUGGAUUCCUCUGGUAAUCAUUUUGUUUCAUACUCAGGCUACUUCCAUACCCUUGUGCAGAAUUUGGUAAAUAAUGGCUAUGUAAGAGAUAAAACUGUGCGUGGCGCUCCGUAUGAUUGGCGAAUUGCUCCCAGUAAGUAUCAAACAUUCUUUGUGUGUCUACAUUGACAAAUCCGACAUCUUUGACUAUGUGAUUAGCGUUUUCCAAAGCACAGGGCAUGGACGUGUGUAUUAUUUUCUACCUACAUUUCAAGUGAUUACACUAAGAUCAUGAUAUCCUCUCACAGCCACAGUGCCUGUUCUGUCCUCAUUGCUGGAUUAGCCAAGGCUAAAGGACUUGCAAUUUAUCAAGCUGGUUCUGUGUACUAGUUGGCUGAUGCCUCUUCCAGAAAGGCCUGGCGUUCUCUGCAAAUACCAUUCCAACCCCCUUAUUGCACCAGUAUCCGGUACCCAGCAGGUCCAAUUCUGAUGGAACAUUUCCUAGUGAUAACUAUAGUUGGAGGGUACAGUCCUCCUAUGCCAUUGACUUAUUUAGUUCUGUCCUGCUCAAGUUCUCUGCCCGAAGCCUCAGGGUACUCAAUGUAUUUGGACACUAGACAAGAUGGAAGUUCAAAGCGCACCAGUUUAUUAGAACAAUGCAUGGCUUUAUUUAUGAUUACAAAUACAAAGUUCCAGAUUAAAAGAGGUGCGCGUGAUUAGGCAAUAAGGGGUGUCAAUGAUUAGGCAAUCAGGGGUGUACCUGAUUAAGCAAUAAGGGGUGUACGUAAAUAAGCAAUAAGGGGUGUACGUGAUUAAGCAAUAAGGGGUGUACAUGAUUAAGCAAUAAGGGGUGUCAAUGAUUAGGCAAUCAGGGGUGUCAAUGAUUAAGCAAUAAGGGGUGUGCGUAAUUAAGCAAUAAGGGGUGUACUUGAUUAAGCAAUAAGGGGUGUACAUGACUAAGUAAUAAGGGGUGUACGUAAUUAAGAAAUAAGAGGUGUAUUUGAUUAAGCAAUAAGGGGUGUACGUGAUUAAGCAAUAAGGGCUGUACGUGAUUAAGCAAUAAGGGGUGUAAGUAAUUAAGCAAUAAGGGCUGUACGUGAUUAAGAAAUAAGGGCUGUACGUAAUUAAGCAAUAAAGGCUGUACGUAAUUAAGUAAUAAGGGCUGUACGUAAUUAAGUAAUAAGGGCUGUAUGUAAUUAAGCAAUAAGGGCUGUACGUGAUUAAGCAAUAAGGGGUGUACACAAUUAAGAAAUAAGGGUUGUACGUAAUUAAGAAAUAAGGGGUGUAUGUGAUUAAGCAAUAAGGGGUAUACGUGAUUAAGCAAUAAGGGGUGUACGUGAAUAAGUAAUAAGGGGUGUAUGUAAUUAAGAAAUAAGGGGUGUAAGUGAUUAAGCAAUAAGGGCUGUACACAAUUAAGCAAUAAGGGCUGUACGUAAUUAAGCAAUAAGGGGUGUACGUAAUUAAGCAAUAAGGGGUGUGCACAAUUAAGCAAUAAGGGGUGUACGUAAUUAAGAAAUAAGGGGUGUAAGUGAUUAAGCAAUAAGGGGUGUACGUAAUUAAGCAAUAAGGGCUGUACGUAAUUAAGCAAUAAGGGGUGUAUACGUGAUUAAGCAAUAAGGGGUGUCCAUGAUUAGGUAAUUAGGUUGAGAUGUUUUGUACAAUAUUUUUACGUGUGUUUGCAUGUUCUUCUAUUAGCGACAAAGCUUACAUAACUUUAAACUGGUCAGAACUGGCUUUAGCUAGAAACAAAAUUAUCUUUUAAGAAGACUGUAGCAAGAUAUAUUUUGUGACUUAAAAAGUGUCCUUGACGACUAUUGCAACAAUGAAGGAUUUUUAACCCUUCUCCUUCUCUGCCAUGGAACCAACUAUCUGAAUUCUUGGAUUUCUUGCUACAUCAGUUGUUAUGGGAUGGUCAGCUCAAGACAUUUGCACCGUCGUUAUUCGGCAUGUGCUAUAAAUCUUAAACUUAAAUAAGACACGGACACAGAUUAUACUGUUGGAGUAUAAAGUCCACAGCUUUAUUAAUUAUUAUUAAAUGCAUGAAUAAAUUAACAUAUUUAGGGUCAUUGUCAUAACUGACAUUAUGUUACUAUCCCCCCCGCACAAUACCCCUGACAAUGACCCUACCACUUGAACAAUAAAUAACAUCCAAAUAACAAUAAACUUGAAACACCCGGCCUUCCAAAGAGCCCCCAUAUCAUAAUGAUAACUGUAGGGGGGGUACCCAGACACCCCUACACCCCCAGGUUCGUAGCCACCGAAGAGCUAGAACCUACCAACACUUGUUUCCGUCCGGCCUACUCCAGCCUAGACCUUGGCCUGUCCAGUUCCAAUUCCACGAAAACGUCAAACCUAACUACGCCCUGUUCCCACCGCUGUGACAAAACGGGAAAAUUGCCUCAAAACUAGGGAGGGUGGGUGGGACAACUAACGGGUAAGUGAGGCUCCAAUUAGAAUGGCCACUCUCUAAGAUGGCCGAUAUUUAACUACCCAUACCCCACCCCAAGCUCCAUUAGCUUAAUCCAGCCCCCCUCCCCGGCUCCCCCACCACACAGAGCACAUUCUGGAUGGUUUUCAUUGACCAUUGCUGAUAUAACAUUUACACAAUAUGUUUCUUUUUCAGAUGGACAGAAGGAAUACUUUGAGAAACUGAAAGGCCUGAUCGAGGAAAUGAGUGCGGAGUAUCACAAGCCUGUCUUUAUCAUUGGUCACAGUCUUGGAAAUCUCUAUCUGCUUUACUUCCUAAUCCACCAGCCCCAGGAAUGGAAAGAGAAAUAUGUCAAAGGAUUUAUAUCCCUAGGGGCUCCAUGGGGGGGCGCUGUCAAACCACUGCUUGUUCUCAUGUCAGGUCAGAGACUUUAACUCUUUCCAUAUUUAUUGCAAUUUUCUUCCUGGAUCCCCUGCAGCAUUAACACAUGUUUAGCUCCUCACACUCACUGUAAUAGGGCCACCUACUCCCUAUCAGACACUAUAUGUUACUAACUCCUCCCACUCACUGUAAUUGGACCUCCCACUCCCUAUCAGACACUAUAUGUUACUAACUCCUCCCACUCACUGUAAUUGGACCUCCCACUCCCUAGCAGACACUAUAUGUUACUAACUCCUCCCACUCACUGCAAUUGGACCUCCCACUCCCUAUCAGAUACUAUAUGUUACUAACUCCUCCCACUCACUGCAAUUGGACCUCCCACUCCCUAUCAGACACUAUAUGUUACUAACUCCUCCCACUCACUGCAAUUGGACCUCCCACUCCCUAUCAGACACUAUAUGUUACUAACUCCUCCCACUCACUGCAAUUGGACCUCCCACUCCCUAUCAGACAAUAUAUGUUACUAACUCCUCCCACUCACUGCAAUUGGACCUCCCACUCCCUAGCAGACACUAUAUGUUACUAACUCCUCCCACUCACUGCAAUUGGACCUCCCACUCCCUAGCAGACACUAUAUGUUACUAACUCCUCCCACUCACUGCAAUUGGACCUCCCACUCCCUAUCAGAUACUAUAUGUUACUAACUCCUCCCACUCACUGCAAUUGGACCUCCCACUCCCUAUCAGAUACUAUAUGUUACUAACUCCUCCCACUCACUGCAAUUGGACCUCCCACUCCCUAUCAGAUACUAUAUGUUACUAACUCCUCCCACUCACUGCAAUUGGACCUCCCACUCCCUAGCAGACACUAUAUGUUACUAACUCCUCCCACUCACUGCUGGACCUCCCACUCACUGACCUCCCACUCCAUAUCAGACACUAUAUGUUACUAACUCCUCCCACUCACUGCAAUUGGACCUCCCACUCCCUAUCAGACACUAUAUGUUACUAACUCCUCCCACUCACUGCAAUUGGACCUCCCACUCCCUAUCAGACACUAUAUGUUACUAGCUCCUCCCACUCACUGCAAUUGGACCUCCCACUCCCUAUCAGACACUAUAUGUUACUAAGUCCUCCCACUCACUGCAAUUGGACCUCCCACUCCCUAUACGACACUAUAUGUUACUAACUCCUCCCACUCACUGCAAUUGGACCUCCCACUCCCUAUCAGACACUAUAUGUUACUAACUCCUCCCACUCACUGCAAUUGGACCUCCCACUCCCUAUCAGACACUAUAUGUUACUAACUCCUCCUACUGACUGCAAUUGGACCUCCCACUCCCUAGCAGACACUAUAUGUUACUAACUCCUCCCACUCACUGCAAUUGGACCUCCCACUCCCUAGCAGACACUAUAUGUUACUAACUCCUCCCACUCACUGCAAUUGGACCUCCCACUCCCUAUCAGACACUAUAUGUUACUAACUCCUCCCACUCACUGCAAUUGGACCUCCCACUCACUAUCAGACAAUAUAUGUUGCUAACUCCUCCCACUCACUGCAACAGCACCACCAGGAGGCUUUAUAUUUGCUUUAUCCUUCUUUACUGAACCUCCCAGCAGCAAAGAAACAGUUAAACAAUAGUAUAAAAAAAUCAACCAAUCAGAAAACAUCCAGUCAGUAUAUUGUGGCUGUAAGACUCCUCCCACUUCCUUUUUCUUGAUGCGGCCGAUAACUUGAAGCCAACCGUGUAAACCAUAAAUAACUGUAGUCAACCGUGUAAACCAGAUGGAGAUGAACCAGUCCACAUGACGGGUCAAAGAAUUGACUGGCAGUCAUACAAUAACUCACAAUAAAUGAGCAAAAAUUUGGUAGCUUUAUAUGAAAAAGCAAAACACAAAUAUAUUGUUAGAGAAUAACUUAAAGGGACACUCUAGUCACCAGAACAACUACAGCUUAUUGAAUUUGUUCUGGUGAGUAGAAUCAUUACCUUCAGGCUUUUUGCUGUAAACACUGUCUUUUCAGAGAAAAUGCAGUGUUUACAUUACAGCCUAGUGAUAACUUCACUGGCCACUCCUCAGAUGGCUGUUAGAGAUCCUUCCUGGGUCAUGGCUGCCUAAAAUGCAUCCAAACGUUCAUGGUCUCCUCCCUCUGCAUGCAGACACCGAACUUUCCUCAUAGAGAUACAUUGAUUCAAUUCAUCUCUAUGAGAAGAUGCUGAUUUGCCAGGGCUGUGUUUGAAUCAUGCUGGCUCUGGCCCUGAUCUGCCUCUUUGUCAGUCUCAGCCAAUCCUAUGGGGAAGCACUGUGAAGGCCACCACUUCUGAUGAUGUCAGAGGAAGUUCACAGGCAGAGACAGCAGCUUCAGACUUGAAUAAAAAUAAGAUUAUAUUAUCUUUAAGGAGGCAAAAGGGGGCAAAUAGUGGUUUUAACACUAUAAGGUCAGGAAUACAUGUUUGUGUUCUUGACCCUAUAGUGCUCCUUUAAACAAUUUAAAUCAUGAAAUAGUCAUAGUCUGCAGGUAUAUACGGUGUUCUAAGUGGAAAACCCAAAACUUACCUGCAGGGCCAUUGAGCAAAAAAACAAAGGUUCUCAAAUGGAUGGAGAAAAAAGGGGGGAGGGAGAGAAUGAAAAAGAAAGUGAUAAAAGUACCGGGUGGGAAAUAUUCACCUCCUUUCUUUAAUAAAAUUAAAAUUAUUCGUCACUGAAGCUAGAAUAAUCCCUAAUUUUAUGGCAAGACAGGAAGCUUCAAAUUUGCUGUUUUAACGCCUGGAUAUUAAAUGAGAAGUCGCGUGAGAUGUAGGAAGGAAAUAGAAGGUACGGAAGGUGGAUUCCCGAGACCAAUCAGCGGAGGCUAGAGUGUCAGAAAGAGACCCUUCUGCUGCAAAGGCGUGAGGAAGCAACAGCGUUGUGAACCGAAUGUGCCCAAAAAGAAGCUGCAAUGCCCACAAGAUGAAGUAACCAUCUGACCCAGCGAGUGAUUGUGGGACAGGAAACCGGGUUAUGUGGAUGAACAUAAGAGACAAAAAGAGGCCCCGAUGGAGCUUGGAGAGGAGAGAUAAGGUCGACGUACCAUUGUAAACAACGAGCAACACAAAGAGCAGGUCUAUCCGGAAGGUAAGGAUAAAAAAACGGAAGUGGACAAGACCUUCGUGCGACGGGAAAUAGGAAAACGAACACCCUCAAGUAAGGUAAUAACAUGGAGAUCAAAAGCCAUGAUGUCCAAAACUCGUCGAAAAGAGACCAAACAGAGCAAAAGUGCUAGUUUGGCUGAGAGUUGAUAUAAGGAAAGUUCAGAAUUGGAAGACCAGUUUUCACGGAAAGCCAACACUCUAGAGACAUCCCAAAAUUGGGUGUGUCGAAGAGCCGGGGGUCGAGAAAGACGAUAACCCCAUAAUAACCUACAAACGGAGGGAUAGUUCCCAACCAGAAGAUCGCUAAUUAGGUUAUGAGCUGCCGAAGUAGCAGAACGAAAGAAAUUAAUGGUAUGAUAAGAUUUACCCUUGUCAAAAAGAGACAAAAGAAUAUUGAUAAUAUUCACUAAAGGAGAUGAAAAGGGAUCCAUAUCCCUUUCCAAACACCAGCUAGUCCAGAAUUGCCAUGCAGAAAGGUAUGCUCUACGAGUUCAGGGAGCUCAAGAAUCCCAGAGGUGUAAGUCCUGAAACAUACCAGGAUCCCCUGAAACAGUACAGGCUACGGGCCAAAGAUGACCUUGAAUGGCUAGAGGUGGAAGUCCACUGAUGGAUCUCUGAGGAGAUCGUGAGAUACCGGAAGAAGUAGCUGGUAAUCUACCGACAUUUACAGCAGGUUGGGGUACAAAGGAUGGGCUCUCCAGAGUGGCGUUAUUAGGAGAAUCUUGACACCAAUAAUUCUGAGACAAUGAAGAGUCCGCGGAAUCAUUGAAAAGUGUGGGAAAGCAUAUGCCCCUGUUAAUGGGCAUGGUUGUAGAAAGGCAUUGACUCCCUGAGAGAUUCCUGUCCAGACAGAACUGAUAAAGUUCUCCCAUGAGGUCUGAGAGGAGUUUGGAACGUGAACCCCCUAAACGAUUGUCAUAAUAGACAGUGGAAACGUUGUCCAUCCUGAGGAUCAGAGAACAAUCAUUAAUAUCCGAAACUGCGGAUUGCAAAGGAUCCGGCCAGCAGUUUGACGCAGUUAAUAUGCAUCGUGCGUUCUGACAGUAUCCAGAGUCCACCUGUGGAGAGGUCGGAACAGGUUGCCCCCCAACCUAAAAGGCUGGCGUCUGUUUCGAGGAUAAAAUCAGGUUGGCGUCCGAAGAUAGCUUUCCCGUUCCAAGCCUCCAUGUUCUGGAGCCACCAAUUUAAUUCUAAUCGGACUUCUUCAGUUAGAAAAAUCUGUUGGUUGUAUGACUCGGAUCUGCGAACAUAAUGUGUUUUUAGACGUUGCGUCGCCCUGUAGUUUAAAGAGCCUGGGAAAGUUGCCUGGAUGGAGGCUGAGAGUAGCCCUAUGAUUUGUGCUAAAUAGCAAAGUUGAAUACGUAGAGAGUACAGUAGUCGUCUGUGGCGAAACUAACCUCGCCACUGGGUUCUGGAGAAGCCAGUGUUACAAAAUGCCUUUUGUCCCUAUUUUCUCUUAUGACAAAUUGCCCUGCUUCCCUGGAGAAGCCUGAUUGCCAGCCUCCUGCCUCAUGACUAUGGCCCCCUCUCAUCAGCCCAUGCUAAACUUAAACCCCAUGGCGAUUUGACUGUGUUUGUGGGACCUGAGCACUGUUUGGAUAUAUUGAGCGCUCAGAUCCAAGCCAUCUGGGGAUAGGUUGAAUGUGGGGGUUCUGUUCAGUAUGAUAGAAGUUAUGUAUUUUUGUGUAUUUUUGCUGUUGUUGUGAAUAGAGAUAUUUUCUGUACCUGGAGAUAGUUGGCUUACCACACCCAGUUAAGACAAUUUACUCGCACAGCCUAACUCUGUGGAACUGGUUUGGGCUGGAAAGCCAUGCUUGUAGUUGGUCACAAAGGACUUUGACCUACCUUUUAAACCACUGGAGGGAAUUGUCUGAUUUUUGAGUAUGUUUGUAUUUGGAGUAUGCUGGUUAUGUUAAUGUGAUGUAUACUUUUAAAGUUAUGAAUAUUGUGUAAAACUGUGUUUUCCUGCCUGUGAUAAUUACGUUAGCCCAUUGUGUUCAGUAAUUAUAUCACAGGCAGAGGGGAGGAUUUUGCUGGAAUGAAUGGGAGUGUUUUACUGUAUAUUACGUGUUUGAUUGGCUGUUCCACAAAACCCUGUGGGUGGUACUUUAUUUGUAAAAUUUGUAAAUAAGAACAAUAAAGCCAUAGCUCUGUCUGUUCCUGUUUUGACCCUGAACAUAGAGCCUCGUCUCAUGAUUGGGGGAUACUGCUGCAUCUACACUGGGGGAUUGCUAUACUCUGUAUACUCCCCUAGCUAUAAUCACUAAGCUCUUUUAAGAGCUUGUUCCAGCUUCCCUCUCUGCAGGAAGAGAGGUUUGAUCUGCAGUGCUUAUGGUGUCUGGAGAAGUGCUUGGAACCCUCGGGAAGCACUAGGAGCAUCCAUCAACGGAGAUACUCGGUCGGAGUACAAGGAGCUCCGUUACAUCGUUGAAUAUCCUUUUUGAUGGAAUUUAUCUUUGACACUGGAAGCAGAAGGAUCGAAAGGACGGAGUAAAACAUGGAAACCUAGGAACAGAAUAGACUGAGAUGGAAGAAAGGAUGAUUUCUCGAAAUUGAUUACAAAUCUGAGAUUCUGAAGGAGAGAUUUGGUAAUCUCCGUGUGUCUUUGAAGGGUGUCUGGAUCUUGAGCCAUGAGUAGAAUAUCGUCUAGAUAGACGAUGAAUCGAAUAUCUUGAGAUCUGAGAAGAGCCAUAACAGGUUUUAUCAGUUUGGUGAAACACCAAGGGGCGGAAGAGAGAACAAAAGGGAGGCAAGUGAAUUGCCAGAGGUCUUGCCCGGGAAACUGUAGAAAGUGACGGUGUGAGGUUUUCACUGGGACGGUAUGAUAUGUGUCUCUUGUAUCGAAGCAGGAGACCCAAUCUCCCUCGCAGAGAAGGUCACGAAGCAUGUGUAUGCCCUCCAUUUUGAAGUGGCGACAUAGCACAAAUUGGUUCUGUGAAGAAAAUAUACUUAGUUCUGUAUUUUCUCCCGGCUGUUCGGGCUUUUUCCGCAUGCCGAAUGCCACAUGGAACAGAAAACGGCGGCCAUCUUGUUUUCACGAAAGGAGGCAGCGGGACUUGGUCGUCAAGUGUCUGGAACUAAAAUCGGACACUCGACCUCCCGAACCAACGCUGAAACUACCGAACGCCUGCUUCCUUUAGUUGCCGAACAAGGAGAGAUUUGGUAAGUCUAACCCUUAGGAGAGCGCUAUUCAGUAGUUUUGUUCAUACAGACAAGGGGAGCAAUCGCUCCUAUGAGCCAGGAGGAUCCAUUCGGGACUUUUAUUCGUUUUAUGCCUUUUUCUGAAUUGACCGACCGCACACGCUGAAUUCGUGGAACUGUUUUGGGCAGGAGCCUCGUGUGUGGUCGGUAACUUGUGACUUUUUAAGAACCCCUGAACCGAUCUGGGUGAAAGAAAAUACCGAACUGAGUAUAUUUUCUUCACAGGUUCAAAUCUUUUAAAUUGAUAAUGGGGCGGAAUUUGUUGGAUUUCUUCUGAACCAGAAAAAUGUUGUUGAUAAACCUGGGUGGGCAGUCGCACCUUUUUGCCUGAACUUGCAGAGUUCUGAGUGUAGGAUUGCGGUGUCUGACAGGGACAUAUGCAGGGGGUACGGAGGGAAUUCUUCAAGUGGGUCUGAUGUAAAAUCUAUGUGAAACCCGGACACUGUUUGAAGGAUCCAAGGAUCCUGAGUAAGGAGAGACCACUGUGGGAAUAAAUGGGUUAGACGACCUGUGAUAGGUAUUAGGAAAUAAAGUACGUUGAUUACCUGGAGCAGCGCGAACCCUGAGUGAAGCGGAUCCACGUCCUCUGAUAGAUCCUCUGUUUGUAAAUAGUUGUCUGUUGUAGGGGCGGGUAUAACCCGAGAUUCAAGGCUCAGAGGUGUGAGGCUUGUAACCUUGGAAGGCGGUUCUGCCGGUAGCUUGGCCUCUAUGGCGACUGGCCCUCCCAGAAAAACAAUAGGAGGGGAAAACUCUGAGUAGGGACUUUUGGACCUUGUUGAGCGAGGUACAAACAGAGACAUGUCUGUUCAGAUCCCUCAUAAACUGGUCGCCAAACAAAAGACCAUUAGCUUCAGGGCCGAGUUCUUUGGAACUCAAAACUGCCAAAUUUGCAUCACUUUUAUAUUAUACGACUUUGCACUAUUCAGUGGAGAUAGCCACAUUGGCAUUGCCUAGUAAACAUAUGGCUCUUUGUGCCCAUUCACACACUAGAUGCGGAUCUAAGGAACCCUUAGUGAUUGCCUCAUCAGCCAGUAUAAAGAUCUGUAUUAAGGGACCUGCAAUGUCAAGCAGCUUGUCCUGUACAGUUUUCAGAUCUUGUUCGAGGCCCUUGUGGGGAUCCUUUCCGGAUUUACUUGGGAAAGUGAUCAGGAGAGGGUCAAAUUGGGGCGUUUGUGCCACCUUAUCAGGUAUGGUUGGACGGGGCAUUCAGCCCUCAAUUUAUUCCUAAUUUCCUUCUCAAGUGGUUUGUGGAGCCACAUCCUGCUAAACUGGGCUAUGUGGUCUGGUGGUGCCCACUUAGCCAAGCGGGGAUACUUAAUGAUCCUGGGGUCAAAAAAAGGUUGGCCACUAGAAUCUAGUAAGGCAUCAGAACAUUGAUCCUGGGUUUUGGCAGGAUUUUUAGAAACUGUAGGAUGUUUAACAAAAGAUUCCUUAACAUAAGGAGUAUCAACGUGUUGUGCAUCAUUGGCUAAAUCAUCAUCGGAAUACCCCGCGCAGUAUUCGUCCAUGACCUGUAGGUCAUAGUGGGAUGUGGAACCUUCUAAAGGGUCAAUCAGUUGUUGGCUCGUGGCAUGGGACAGUUUUGGAGCUUUAGCCAGUGUUUUGCCUUUACCGGCUGAGGCACUAUUGCCUUUCCAGGGACGGUUAUGCUGAGCCCCUUCAUGGUCGGAUUCGUUGUGGGAAUCAUCAGAGUCUGGUAGAGCAUGGGUGCUAGGUGGUUUGGGAACAGGGUUAGACUUUUCAUGAAAGGCAGCUAUGGCUAUUGGCAUAGACUCUGCUAUUGCGGAAAAAAGCCAAGAUUUAAGCUCGGCUGAGACAGUGGAUUCUGGCUGCUCAGACAUGACUGAUAUAAAUGUUUAUAUUAAAUGAUUGAAAAAAUAGAAAUAAGAAGGGGGUCACCCUUUAAUAAUAAUUGGGGGUCAUCCAAUAUAGCCAGGGGGUCACCCUGUAAAAUAAUGUUUUGGGGACACCGAGUAUUGAAAGGAGGUCACCCUUUACAAUGAUGCUUGGGGGUCAGCCAAGAGAAGCAUAUGGGGGUUACCCAAGGACGCAAUGGAACGUGGAGAUCACCCACUUUGUAUUAUGGCAAACAGACGCCGUAUACAGCUAUUAGGUGGUGCAGGAAGUACUACUAUAGCAAACAGGGGUCACCUGUUAAUAAAGGGGGUCACCAUUUCGGCAGAUAAUUGUUUGGAUUAAUUAUAAUUUCCAAGGGGCAGUAAUACCACUUUAAAUAUAAUAGUUGAUGAGCCUAGCGAAAAAUAAAAUGUAUUCAUGAUAUAAUUGACGACAGACUAAUUUUGACCUUUAAUAAAAACAUAAAAUGAGGGUCGAAGUCGUUUUUUUAAAGGUUUGUAGAGCAAAAAAAUAACUGGUGCUUUAGUAGGCGGAGACCGACUCGCGUCACAGAGAGGCGGGAAAAAAAAAAGGACAGGAAAAACUGAGAUUAAAGCUAGCGGCAAUGCGGCUUUAGAACAGAGCGUCUGUGAAGACUAAAACAAGCCGCGAUCAGAUCGCCAUCGGGUGAAAGAGCGCUAACGCAGACAGGGAAUAGACAGCAAGUGCUGUGCGGUGAAAGGAAUCCUGCGGGUAAUAACAAAACUUGAAGAAAAGCCAAAGGUAAUACAUUUCAUUAAUAAAUAUACAUAAAAAGUAAGACAAUAAAAUAAUCAGAAUUGACUCACCUGGAAAGCAAGUAGCAAAGAAAAAGGAAGUGGGAGGAGUCUCACAGCCACAGUAUACUGACUGGAUGUUUUCUGAUUGGUUGAUUUUUUUAUACUAUUGUUUAACUGUUUCUUUGCUGCUGGGAGGUUCAUUAAAGAAGGAUAAAGCAAAUAUAAAGCCUCCUGUCCUGCCAUAACAUCUGUUACUAGCUCCUCCCACUCACAGCAAUAGAACCACCCACUCCCUAUCAGACAUUCUGUAUUACUAGCUCCUCCCACUCACAGCAAUAGAACCACCCACUCCCUAUCAGACAUUCUGUUACUGGCUCCUCCCACUCACAGCAAUAGAACCACCCACUCCCUAUCAGACAAUCUCUGUACUUACUGACUCCUCCCACUCACAGCAAUAGAACCACCCACUCCCUAUCAGACAUUCUGUUACUGGCUCCUCCCACUCACAGCAAUAGAACCACCCACUCCCUAUCAGACAAUCUGUUACUGGCUCCUCCCACUCACAGCAAUAGAACCACCCACUCCCUAUCAGACAUUCUGUGUUACUGGCUCCUCCCACUCACAGCAAUAGAACCAUCCACUCCCUAUCAGACAAUCUGUAUUACUAGCUCCGCCCACUUACUACAUUAGUGCAAGACAUUGUUGCACUAGCUGCAAUCAGGUCUUAAAAUAAGAGAUGAAUAGCAUUGUGGGUGAUUCCUUUAACCACAGCGGAGCUCACUCCAUGAUUUUAUCAUUUCAAUGUCAGUUAAGUAGUGCAGAUUUACAUUAAGGAAGGUAUAAUAUCCUGUAAAUAUUAGGAAGCAAUCCGUGUUAUUGUAUUCAUAGGUGAUGACCAUGGAAUUCCAAUGGUAUCGAACAUCAAGAUCCGUGAGGAGCAACGUAUGACCACAACUAAUCCUUGGAUGCUACCUACCAACUUAGGAUGGCCAGAAGAACAUGUCUUCAUUUCUACUCCAUCAUAUAAUUACACCUAUCGAGACUACAAGAAGUUUUUCCAAGACAUUGAGUUCGAAGAUGGUUGGUAUAUGUGGGAAGACACAAAAGGUCUCCUGGAAGGCCUCCCACCACCUGGCGUAGAAGUGUAUUGUAUCUAUGGAACGGGACAUCCAACUGCUGAGACCUACUUUUAUGGAGAUGGUUUCCCCAAUGAGCCGCCUCUUGAGAUUCAGUAUUCGGAUGGGGAUGACACUGUACACACUAGAAGCAUGGAGUUGUGUAAACGUUGGCACACACAGCAGAAAGAGAAAGUCCAUGUGUUUGAACUGAAAGGAAUUGAUCAUCUUAAUAUAGUCUUCAGUAACAGGACAUUGAGUCUUCUCAAUGACAUUCUGCUGGGGAAUGAUGUCAUAGAUUAAAAAUACUGCACAAUACCUGUUUGACCCACAGUUCAAAUUACAAGCUAUUCAUUUGUGAUUAAGUAUAAUUGAGCUGUGUAUGUUUUUAUUAGUGUAUUACUUGUAAAGUUACUACAUUUUUAUUUGUGAAACAAUUCUAAGCAUCGAAAAAAGAUAAAUAAUUUAGCAUUGUUAAAAGUUCAUAACAGUCAAGGGUGAACAACCAUAAGUAAAUAAGUAUAGUGUGAAACAUAGAAACAUAGAAUGUGACGGCAGAUAAGAACCAUUCGGCCCAUCUAGUCUGCCCAAUUUUCUAAAUACUUUCAUUAGUCCCUGGCUUUAUCUUAUAGUUAGGAUAGCCUAAUGCCUAUCCCACACAUGCUUAAACUCCUUUACUGUGUUAACCUCUACCACUUCAGCUGGAAGGCUAUUCCAUGCAUCCACUACCCUCUCAAUAAAGUAAUACUUCCUGAUAUUAUUUUUAAACCUUUGCCGAUCUAAUUUAAGACUAUGUUCUCUUGGUAGUAGUUUUUGUUCUUUAAAAAUAUAGUCUCCUCCUUUAC